AUGAAUGAAAAAGAGAGAAAAAACCCUCAUGAUGUGUACACAAAGCCAAAUAAAGUAUCUCAAGCUCCCAUUCCUGUGUCAGCGUAUGCUCACGUCGUGCUUAGAGCAACAUUAUAUCGUAUUAUGGGCACUUCUCUUCAAACAUGUGUCUUGUACCAUCUAUUCGACAUAAUAAAUUCGCUUCCAAGAGAUUUUGAUAUUGAUCCGAAGAAAGGUUUGCCUACGAAAGAAGCAACAACAGCAAAAAAAAAUCAAAGCAAAGAGUUUCAAACUGCUUACGAGUUUAUUUUUUAUGUGAAGUUUUCAAGGCAUCUUGCUUUGUAA